CGGAUGCAGCGUUGCUCCAUCGCUUCAUCAACGACGCAUCCCAUCGUCUUCUUGCACGUUCCAUCGCUCCAUCUCCGACCUUUCCAUGGUAAGCACCUCUUCGCGGUCUGCCAUACAUUCACCUUGAUCUGGCUGCUUUACAAAGGCUGCCCCUUGCUCCAAGGGCUUCUUGCCUGUCUAUCUGACAACGCCCGUCCUCCGAUGAUCCACCUGGCGCUUCGUCCCUUCAGUUCUUCUCCGCGCACAGCUGUACCGAAAACCCACUUUUUGCGCUUUGCAGCAGCACGCCCCUCGCCAUCCUUCUCUCCGCUUGCAUUCCGCACCAUGUCCUCCUCUGCAGCCACAUCUGCCGCUGACAGUGGUGCACCAGCGUGGUCUGAUCCGCUGAAUGCGGAAGCAGAGCAGCAGGGAAAGCUGAGGCGUUACCUGUGCAUCUUGCCUGACUACAAUGCUGCAGAGGCACUUCAGCGACGACUAGAGGUGAGGCAGCAGCAUCUGGACGAAGCCGCGCGAGGAAAGAAGGCCGGUCGAAUCGAGUUAGGAGGUGCACUUUUGUCCAAGGACUGGGACGAGCUCGACGACUCCGGCCCGCCCAGCGCGCUGUGUGGAAGCUGCCUGAUCGUUCUCGCCGAGAACAUCACCGAAGCGCGGGAGCGCAUCGCUCGGGACCCGUACUCGAAAGCAAAUGUGUGGGACCCAGCUCAGAUUCAGGUGUAUCCUUUCCUACAGGCAGCGCAACCUCAGCGCGGUUGAAAUAUCGAUGCGAGAAACAUGGGAGGCGUUGGUGCCCUCAUGGAUGGUACCCUAUCC